AGUCGAAUAAGUAAAACGAGUUGAGUAAAAAUCUUCAGCUAUACCAGUCGAGGUUUAGACGGCUUGGGUUGGUUUAUUUACACCCUAUACAGGUACCCUAUACCUUGUACAACUGGGUUAGAAUGAAGAGCUUCGUACUGGUGUGUUUGGUGUUGGUGGUGGGGCUGGAUCGUUGGUCGCCGGUAGCAGCCACGAAUUACGAAGAUAUGGACAUCGACACCUUCAUUGAUAGCAAGAUGAAAGAGAUGCAUGCGCGAAUACAGCGAGCAGCUUUGGAGAUUCAGGAGUCUCACUACGAGGCUAAUGAAAUGCGGAGGAGGAAGAGAAGUGCCGACCCGAACGACGCUGACUACUUUCACAGCUACAUCCUCGACACGAAAUACGGCAACAGACAGGAAUUGGAGAUUGAGAACAGCACUCAGUUGCUAAAGACCACAGCCGUCAGCGGGAUGGCGUUCACGGCUUCAGUUUGCUUCGAGCAAGAGGGAUUAUCGGGGAUUAUCAUUACGCCCACACAAGAUUAUCCCAUUCUGUACGAACUCGACUCAAACUUGACGGAGAUAACCCACCAGUCUCAGAUUUCCAGUAUUGGUAUGCGAGUGGUGGAGGUAUUUUCUGCUGGAACGACGACCAAUAACUACGUGCUGUUCACUAACGACACCACAGUGCAAGUUGUCCAACUGUCGCUGCCAGCCACACAUCUACUAACCUCCGACUUCCAAAGUUUGGUGGCCCAGAACAUUGUGCAAGCAAACUUCUUCGCUUUGACACCAGGGGAAGGAUUCCUGGCCAUCGCUAUGAGUGCUUCUACCUCCAGCCCGCUCUACAAGUUUACCGAAAUGGGUUAUCCUCAUCUAUCCUUGUACGCGCUCGUCCCAUCCACCAACGCUAAAGACAUCACCGUGUUCCGGAUUCACAAGACCAUAUAUGUGGCUGUCGCCAAUGGCAACGACGAUGAAGGGAACGCCAUCAAUAGCAUGGUGUACUAUUACAGCACUGAUACGGAUAGCAUGGAGAAAUAUCAAACGCUACCGUCAUCGACAGUGACAAAUAUUGAGAGGUUUACUAUCGGACUGAGCACCUACCUGGCUCUCUCCACCUCAACUUCUGUCGAUAUUUACAAGUGGAAUGGUCUCAGUUUCGUCACCAUACAGACGCUAAACGUCGCUAACGUGAUGAGCGUGCGCGCGAUGAGCGACGACCAGCUGUGGGGCGACAUGCUCCUCCUGGGAAUCAUGCACGGCACAGCCGACAACAACAUCAUCAGCUUCUACAGACACAAGUCCAGCGUCGCGCCCUCGCAGUCCUUCCAGGUUAUAUACGAGCUGACGAUCGGUCCCACGGGAUCGUUCGACUCGUGCACGAUGCACGGCCGCCGGGUUGCUGUCGUGUGCACGGGAGAGGACCACUGCACUCUACAUGACCUCAACGUUCGCGUGAAGGACUUGCAGGAUCCGAUGAUGACGCAGGCUCUCCGCGUCAGCCACGAGCUCGAUCUCAUAGAGGCGAACCUGACAGAACACGAUGAGCACGUGACGACCAGCAGAGCCAAGUUCGAUGAUGCACUGAGAACAGAUACGAAUCAGACGAUAUCAGCAGUGACGAAGGUCAUCACGGGAGAUUUGACCGUUAAUACGAUAUUAAGAGCAGACUCUAUGAACGUUACGAGCGGAAAUGUCGUGAUAAAUAACGAAGCAAGGCCGCUGAGUGAUUUCGUGGUUAACUUCCACGAUGUCAAGGAACAGGGGACAGCCCAGGCUGCUGUUAUCGCGAACCUUACAACCACCAUUUCUGAUUCUCUUUUGCUUGAUGGAGCUUCGCAGACUGUGACCAGCUCAAAUGUAGUGUUUACUGGUGCAGUUGACAUUAACGGCAAUUUGACCGCGACAGACCUGAUGGUUUCCACCAUAAAUUCCGUCGACAUCAGCCAAUUAAACACCGAUGCCAUCACAACUGAAAGCACCGGCGUCAUAGGUGGUAAGAAGAUCUUCACGGGAACCGUUGAUAUCACCGGAAACGUGGAUCACCUGGAUCGCUUCACGGGAGUAGGACUUCCUGCUGGGGGAGUGGACCCGGAAACGGAAAUAGUUCUCACAGACACGCUCCAGAACAUUACCGCACAAAAAAGGUUUACUGCACCGGUGACAGUUGCUGGCAACGUUGGGAUUGAGGGGACGGUUAACGGUAUCGAUAUCUCUAGCGAAACCAUACUGUUGACGGGAGGCACGUUCACAGGUUCUCCGACAUUCGACACGCUGGAUGUGACCGGGAGCGUCACCUUCCCGGAGAACGGCACCGUUCAAGGCCUCUACCUCCACAUGCUCGAGCCCCGCGUGCUGCGAAAGUCGGGCGACCAAACAAUUGCAGAUACCAAGACGUUUAGUGGAACCGUCACCGUUAACAAUGGUGUGGACAUCAGCGGGGACAUCAAUUCGAUUGACGUCUCCGACCUUAACGAUAACACGGUGAGACUGAACGUGACGUCACAGAUCACCGGCACAAAGAGGUUCACGGCUGCCGCUUCCGUCACUGGAGAUAUCGUUGUCGCUGGCCAGACCACCGUGAAGGGGAUCGCCAUUGAUGACGUCAUGUCCACGACUGCCGAUCAGCACAUCACUGGCUCUAAGACGUUUGCGUCUGCCGUGACACUAUCGGGAACAGCUGUAAUGGCCGACUCGGUCACCGUGGAUGGCUACGAUCUAAGCGAGGAAGCCGUAACUCUCACUGGUAAUCAAACUAUCAGUGGGAUUAAGACCUUCACGGAUGGCAUUAGCGUGCCGGGAGACAUGACCGUAGCAGGAAUGGUGGAUGGUGUGAGUCUGACGUCAGAGCUAGACGCGCGCAUCGUGAAGCUGUCCUCUGCGCAGACGAUCACAGCUCCAAUGACAUUCCACGAUCAAAUAGUAAUUCAGAAUGACCUGCAGAGCGAUGACAUCAACGGCAUCGAUCUGAGUGCAGUCGAGGCGGACACUAUAUACGCUUCCGAUUCCGCCGCUACCGUGACGGGAACGAAGGCCUUUGCCGGCAAUCUGAACAUAGCUGCACUGCAAGCUCUCGGACCGGUCAACUCGUUGAACAUUCCCGGUGACUUCCUAGAUGUCACUACCAAUCAGACGGUGACAGGCGUUAAGACGUUUAACCUGGUAAAUGCACUGAAAAAUAUCAACGUCUUCGGUACUGUGGACGGCGUCGACAUUACUAACUUCACCGAUGAAGUUGUCACUCUGUCCACUGAACAGACCAUCAGUGGAGUUAAGACAUUCACAACAGAUCAGACCGUUAAUGGUGCCAUGGAUGUAAGCGGACUUCUCAAUGGAAUAGACAUAAAUCAGAUCGUGACCAAGGUCAAUCCUCUCGACAUCACAGGAACAAAGACGUUCGCUGCGCCGAUGUCAGCAGCAAGCAUAGCGGUGAACCUCACCAUCACCACAUCCGGUACUGUGGACGGAGUUGACAUUGCUGAACUAGCAGCAAACAAAGUUACUCUGAGCACUGCGCAGGACCUGUACGGAGAGUACACCUUUGCGAAUCAGGUCAGCGUGUUGGGGAACCUAGACAUCGAUGGAAUGGUCAAUGGUGUCGACAUGGACGUGUUUGCGCCAUCAGUGAUGACCAAGUCCACUUCACAAACCCUCACCGGAUCUAAUACGUUUACUGAUGUGACAACAACGAACAAUGUAACACUGGGAAGUGGUAUCAAUGGCGUAGAUCUUUCUCUAUUGGCGAGCGAAUCUAUGUUCCUGGAUGUUGACAACAUCAUCAGCAAAGUUACGACUUUCAGUGAGAGCGUUACGAUGACAGGUGGCAUUACUGUGAAUGGAAACAUAGAUGGAGUCGAUCUAACGGCUCUAGCAGCUGACGCCGUCCUGAGAAACACCACGGACAACCAGGUCGUGACUGGUGAUACGGUAUUGGUUGCGUUUACGGCCGAUGAAGAUAUCAAUGCGACAACGGUUAAUGGCAUUUCCAUCAAAAACCAGCUAAUGACAAAAUCCGGAACACAGAACAUUGGAGGCGCUAACACAUUUGGUGACGUUGCCGUGCAACAAAACCUGCUUGCCGAUGGCACUUCUACCAUCAAUGGCAUCGACGUUGGGGACCUUGAUACAUCAGUGGUGAAAAAGAACAGCCUAAAUGUCAUUUCUGCACCAAUCACAUUCAACAAUAGGGCCAUAUUUACCUCGGACUUGCCGUUAACUGCUGAUACCUUGAUCAACGGCAAGGACCUGGUAUCCAUGGUAGAAGACGCUGUGUACGUUGACACGAAUGCCACCAUAACUGCCGACACGACAUUCACUGGCGAUGUCGUCCAUCUGAAAAAGGUGAUCGUUAUUAAUAACACUAAUUCCAAAGAUUUGUCUGCCGUCAACGACGAUGCAAUGAAGCUCGACGAGAUUCAGACUGUCACCGGUACAAAGACGUUCACCAGUGACCUGUGGGUUUACGGCAAUCUGGACAUCGCGGGAGACCUUGUCACCAGCGGACUAAUUGCCGGUGUUAACGUCAGCCAAAUGGCGACAGAUGCUGUCUACAUAGACCGCAAUGCGACGAUAGCUGGUGUGAAGACGUUUGAAAAUACGCUGACGGUGGAAGGCGACAUAUCCGUCGCAACGACAGUCAACGAUGUGAAACUAUCUGACCAAGUUAUCACCCUGGAUGGCCCCACCAACAUCACCGGUUUGAAGAGUUUCUCUAGCGUUCACGUAACUGGGGACAUAAGCUUAUCCGGAGCGUCUGGCACAGUGAACGGCUUUGAUAUCGCAGCGUUGGAGGCAGACACGCUGAAGACGUACGGAAACCAAACUAUAUCCGGAGCCAAGACAUUUUUGGCUGACGCCGUAUUUAGAAGUGCCGUAAGCGUUGAUGCGACCGUAGAUGGUAUCAACCUUAGCGCCGAUGCCGUGUCUCUAGAUGGCACCUACAGCUUCGAUGGCAGCAAGACCUUCACGAAUGCGGUCACCGUCAACAACAACCUCAUUGUCACCGGUAACGUCAUUGACCGGGACUUUGCGACGCAACUUUCAAAGGUUGUCUUCCGAGAUUCGCCGCAAACCGUAAUCGCUACCUGGGAUUUCAGCCAGAAUUUCUUCUUCGAAGAGCCUGUCACCUUUGACGCCAACGUGACCAUCAGCGGUCUCAUUGACUCCGUCCAAAUCCAGGAUUUGCACAAUUUGGUCUAUCAACUGGAUACGACAAUACAGCUGAACAAACCCGAUUUGCAAUCGGAAACAAAGAAUCAAUGCAACGCAGUCAACGACCUGUAUAGCAACGUGCUAAAUACCUAUUACGAGCUGGAUUAUUUCAACAUCAUGCAAGAUUUGCCCUCUGCUACCGCCUUCCAAAGCUACGUCGACACGAACGGAACCACCAAGGUGCUGAUGGCUAGAGGAGAGUGGGGACAGUGUUCGAUGGCGCGGGAAUACGUGUUCGACACUGACACGUCUCAGUUGACAUCACCUGUCGACCUGCCCUUUGGAGGAGGAGCUACGUCCGAAUUCGAAACGUUUAUGUGGAACGGCAAACCUCACGCUAUCGUAGUGGACAUUGGCUCAGAUAGCUGCGUGAAUGUUCCAGAGGCUGUCGGCACGGUGAUGGUAGACCUGGAGACGCGCGAGAUCGUUGCCGUACUGAGCACGGAGUCGUCGAUCAGCGACGUAGCACUGACGAUCUUCGGCGGUACCCUGUACGUCGUCGCCGGCACGAUGUCGGAUGAAAGCACGACGAACCUCUACAAACUGGUGGGCGGAGUCUUCACGAUCCACCAGAGUUUCGCCAUCAAUGGUGUCAGCUCGGUGGCGCUGUACGAGCAUCUAGGAGAGGUCUACCUUGCCAUCGCCGACUCACGUAUGCAACUGACCACAGAAUCCAUCGUCUACAAAUGGAAUGCCUAUGACGAGGAGUUUGGCGAAAUGCAGCGAGUGCUGGCGCCAACGUGCAGUGACGUCAGCUUUGCUCCUUUCGGCGUAGACCUUUUCUUGUUGUUUGCGUUGUAUGGAGGCGACGUCGGAAAGCAGGUUAAGGUGUAUCAGUUGGACCUGUACACCGGGGAAUUCAAAUGGAACAACAAGAUACCGUUUGCGAGUCCGAUAGACUUAGAGGUCAUCAGCAUCGGUAGGAAACCCGAGCUGCUGCUCACCGUGGUCGAAGACGAUCUACAGGUGGUCGUCUACAAGUAUUCAGGUUCGAGUAACUUCGUAGAGGCACUAGUGAUACACGCUAACGGCGUACACACCGUCCACCAGUUUAUCAAGGAAGCGCAGGUCUACAUGCUGGUCGCCAGCCCUCGAUCAACCUCAUCCCUACAGCGUGGUUCGAUGGUCGGUGUCUACCCGAAGAAGGAGGUGCUAGACUUGGUGUGCGACGCCUUAUAAUGCGAAUGUUCGAUGCCAGGAUAUUGUAAUAGCGUAAUAUUGUAAUUCGUCUAAAUUGUUGUUGGAUAUUACGAGUGAUAUAUUAAAUAUAAAAAAGCUGUAUUUAAAAUUUAUGUUAAAA